AUGAAAGAUUGCCAACUGAUUUUGCAUGAUGUCCCCGAAAACACAGAGUUAGGUAUUGAUUUGAAAUUUUGGAAGGUUGGCAAACACUUUAAAGGCAUUAAAGAUAUACCUCUAGGAAUACACUUUGUCUACUAUAGUGCUGCAAAUUCAGACUGUAUGUCAGGUCAACGUGUUGGAUUCGUGGCAAAUUUCACUCAACCUGGUUUCAUUGUUAAGAAGUGGCAGAAAGAAAAGGAGGAUUUCAUAGAUAUUAAUUUGACUGAUAACGAAGUAGAACGUAUUAUUUCGAAUUUCGAUGAAAUUUCUAUGUAUCUGGGGCAAUAUCCUUCAGAGUUACAUAGAGAUUGGAUUUCGUUGUCUAAUUUUAUAACAACAUGUACAUUAACUCGUCUUGUUCCCUACUGUGGUCGUCUGUAUUCCUGUCCACACUUCUUAUCUGAACCCUCCAAUACCCAAGAACGCCUGACUCUUAAAAAUUCCUAUACGACUAACUGUCCAAAUAAAAAUUCAGAAGACCUCUUACCGAAUUUAUCUAUUAUUCCUGGUACAGAGGUACGUUUUACUUCAAUUCCAACAAAACCACUUUAUCCACCUCUUUCAUCUCCAUCGGAAAUCACUGCCCAUUGUAUGGAUCAAACAUAUACCCUUUGUACUACUAUAGACGUAAUCUUCUCGAGCGUCACUUCAGAAAAAGCCAAUGGCUUAAGUAAGGAUCUGGAAUCUACUCGCGAACUGCUCGGUGAAUUUCAAUUUGCUUUUCUCAAUUUAUUAUUAAAUCAUUCAAUAGAAGGCUGGGAACAGUGGCGUCGUAUAUUCCAAUUACUUGCUAAUUGUGAGAAAGCGAUUGUUAAUUAUCCUAAUUUGUACAUUGACUUCAUUACAGUUAUUUAUCACCAGUUAAAUAAUGCAAAUAGAUCAGAGGUGUCAAGUAGCAAUUCAGCUGUGGAGUUACUUGAUAUUUUCUUUUCGGAAUCAUCUAGCUCAAGUACACAGUGCAAAUUAACUGAACCAGGCUUUCUACCAACUAUGAUUGGGCGUCUUUUGAAAAAUAUUUAUUCUGUUUGUACUUCUGAUAUAACUAACAAAACAUGUUCCAGUGAAACUAGUAAUAUUCUGAAAGAUCUGUUUAAACGUGCAGACGGCUUUACUCAUAGCAUAAAACAUCGAUUCAAAUGGGAUAUGAUCACUUCAUAUCAGUUAUUACAAAGGUGUACUCCAAAUAUAACCGAAAUUUCUAUUGAAGAAUUUGACUGGGAUGGAGAUGAAGCACCUGUCAUUGUACAGCUGUAA